UCCAGAUCCUGAGCGUGGAUAUUUACUGGGUGACAGCGGUUAUCCGUGUCGUCCUUUUUUGAUGACUCCCUUCAUGCAGCCAGUGUCAGAUGCUCAGCAGAGAUACAAUACCGCUCACAUCGGCACACGGAAUUGCAUAGAAAGAGCCUUUGGAGUUUGGAAAAGGACGUUCCAUGUACUCCAUGGGGAGAUACGCAUGAAACCCACCAAGGUCACGCGAAUUGUGAUAGCCUGUGCCGUACUGCACAACUUGAGAUUGAUGUGGGGUGAACCACCAAUGGAUCCAGAACAGCUGGAUGACGUACCACAAGGCGACAUGUUUCAAGCGGCAAAUGAUGGCAGACGAGUUCGGGACACAAUUGUUGCCAAUUACUUUAUGUAAUGUUAUUGAUAUUUUCUAAAACAUCGCCAUUAAUUACAUGAAUUAAUGG